AUGCCCGCCCUACACUGCUGUCCAUACUGCACGCGCAAGGACUUCGACGGUCCACAAGGUGUUAAAUCACACCUUUCCCAAUAUGCGCCUUGCCGCGAGCGCCUGGAACGCGAUGUAGCCAACGCAUCCCGCGCAAACACGACGUCAGCAGAUGCUGACGCCCAGCACAUGCCAGGCCUCCCUCCGCUGCAGCCACAGUCCGCGCAUACACCUGACGAUGACAAGGAGCAGGCUCCCCACACCGCUCCUCGGGGGCCGUAUGUCACUGUUUACCCUCGCGCAGCAGGCGCUCGGUUGCGCAAGGCCCGUACACCCUUCGAGUCAUUAAGAGACGCACAAAUCAAGCACGGACUACCUCCGUACGCACCCUUUCGAAGCAUGGACGAAUGGGAGCACUUGAGGUGGCUCGUGACGAGCGGCGCGAGCCAGAGCAAGAUAGAUCAAUAUCUAAAGUUGAACUCGAUCCGCGCGAUAGGUCUGCCGUUCCACAACAAGGAUGGCCUCUUCAAGUUCGUCGACACGCUACCGCAGGCACCCGCGUGGUCAUGUCGUCGAUGGAUCGUGCCUGGGAAUGUGUUAGGACCGGAUGGGCAGCCUUUGACAGAGGAGAUUGAGCUCUGGCUGCGUGACCCUGUCGAGUGUAUCCAGGAGUUACUCAGCAAUCCCGCAUUCGAGGGAAAGCAGGCAUACGCACCCUGCCAGAUAUUCAGCAGCUUGGACAAGGAGGGCAAUGGCGUCAAUCGCGAGUAUGACGAGAUGUGGACUGGAACGUGGUGGUGGGAGAUACAGAAUAAGCUGAAGGACGGUGCAACCGUUUGUCCCGUCAUCCUCGCGACAGACAAGACGCAGUUGUCGACGUUCAGCGGUGACAAGCAGGCCUGGCCGGUCUAUCUAACCAUUGGCAACAUCGCGAAGGACGUCCGUCGCCAGCCAUCAUCCCACGCCACCAUUCUCGUCGGCUACCUGCCAGUCAGCAAGUUGACGUGCUUCCACGAGAAAGAGCGCUCACUCCAGGGCUACCGCCUCUUCCACAAAUGCAUGUCCAUCCUCGUCGAGUCCCUCGUCAAGGCGGGAAGUGACGGAGUGGACAUGGUUUGUGCGGAUGGCUGGGCUCAGGCGGAGGGUAAAAGCCCGCCGGAGUUUGUCGAGCUCAACAUGCGGGCAGUCAAGCCAUUCUGGGCAGACUUGCCCCACACCGACAUCUUCUCAUGCAUCACGCCCGACCUCUUGCAUCAGGUGCACAAGGGCGUAUUCAAGGAGCACCUGGCGAAGUGGGCAACAUUAGCGAUUCGUAUCCCUUCGGGGGAAGCGGAGUCGGAGGCAGCGCAGAAGAGGGAGAUGGACUCACGCUAUCAGACCAUGCCCCUGCACCACACCUUGCGGCACUUCGCGAAGGGUAUCUCGCGCACGACUCAGUGGACCGGGAAGGAGCAGAAAAACAUGGAGAAGACGUUUCUUGGGGCGCUCGAUGGAGCAGUCGACGUCGAGGUCGUCCGAGCAGCACGAGGGGUUCUCGAUUUCAUCUACUACGCGCACUUCGAACGACAUACAGACCAAUCUCUGUCCGAGAUCGAGGCCGCCUGCGCCGCCUUCCAUGCGCACAAGGGCAUCUUCAUCGACCUGGGUAUCCGUGAGCACUUCAACAUCAACAAGCUCCAUGCAAUUCUGCACUACGCAGACGCCAUUCGCUCGCGGGGAACCGCGGACGGAUUCAACACAGAGGGGACGGAGCGCUUACAUAUUGACCUGGCAAAGCUGGGAUACCGAGCGUCGAACCGGCGGCAGUAUACCGCCCAAAUGACGCGCUGGCUAGCUCGGCAGGAGGCGCGGUUUGGGACUUUUCUUCAGUGGGCGAUGCCGGGCUAUGUCGCCAACGAUGCAGCAACAGCGGAGGACAAUGAGGACGAGGAGGAGGAGGGGGAGGAGGGUGCAGAGAACGCAGCAGAUGCAGAAGCAGACGACGAGGGUGACGAAACGGAAGACGUGUACGACGAGGAGAACUACGCCAUCGCCAAAGUUCCUCCCUUCCCACGAUUAUCAUUAUCCUCGAUCUUCCGCGACUAUCACGUCGACGAACUGCAGUAUCACCUCCUUACCUUUCUCGAUCACGAAGGCGUUAUUCCCCUGCACACCGACCUCGGCGUCAACUCUCCCAUCACCUUCCCAGUCUACAAGGACGUCAAGCUCAAGCUCAAACCCCUUGCCGAAGCCGCAUCGGACUCCGUCGACGACAAGGUCGUUGCGAUCCCGGCGAAGCCGCGGAGAGUCACCAAGGCCGGGGUAACCCUACCCGCCUCCCCCGCACAGUGGAGCACGGCGCUUGUGAGAGAACGCGCAGCAAAGCAGGAUGCGGGACCUCUGGAUGGCCUCACUCCUGUCCGCGUCCGCCUUCUCUUCCGCCUCCCCUCCGGCAUAGGCUCCUAUCCCCAUCCCCUUGCCUACGUCGACUUCUACACGCCACUCUCGGACAACACAGCAUUCAACAAGGAUCUUGGCAUGUUCAGUAUCAAGCUCGCGACUCGACGUGGUGCACAACAUUCCGCUGUCAUACCUGUGACCAAGCUGCUGCGCUCCUGUCACCUCAUACCCGCCUUCAAUCGCACGGUCAACCCCAACUGGACCGCGGCGCGCGUCCUUGACCUUGCUCCCAAGUUCUAUCUCAACCCCUACCUACGCCAUCACGACUUCUAUCUAUUCCGUGUUCUAUACGAGCGCUACAGACACGAGCGAGCUAGUCCAGUAGUUCGGGGCCCUUUCCUGAUGGAGGAAGGCGAUAGCUUUAAGUUCUUUGCUGAUGAGAAAGCUUUGAUCUUACGCCCCGCCGGCAAGAAGCCCGUAAAAGACUCGGAUGGGGAUGAGGUGCACACGCAUGAGGUGCAUUGGCUGACGCAUAUCCCGACCGCUUUCAAUACCGUCAAGUCUUCGUACAUGGCCUACGGAAACGAGGCGCAACUGAAAUACUCGUACGGGAUGCCGGUCCUCCUCGCAUAUGUCAAACCGUACGCUGCCAGAAAGCAGCAAGCAGAAGAAGCUGCUGCAAACCUCGGCGCUCAACAAGUUGACAAUGCGGAUGCCCCCGACGCUGAGAAGUCUUCGCAGCCUAGGGACGAUGAAAGACCCUCCGAAGCGAAUAUGUGA